UCAGCAAACAAGAUAAAACCCUUAGGUACUUGAGGAACCAUGAGCAGAGCACCGGUCAUAAUGACUGCUCGGAGCCUUUCCCUGGCAGUAAUAUGUGUCUUGAGUAUUUGGAAUUUAGAAUACACUGCAGGCUGUGUUGAUGGCCAGGAUGAGGUGGAUGGGCAAUGCUGUGACCUGUGUUCUCCAGGUACAUAUUUAAAAGAUUAUUGCACAAAGCACCAACAAACUGUCUGUAGCCCUUGUGAGGAGGGUUACUUCUCGGAUCGACGGAACAUGUUUGACAGAUGUGAGGAAUGCCGGUCAUGCCAACAAGAAUAUACUUUGAAAUGUACGCCGACCACAAAUGCAAACUGUUCUUGCCGCUCUGGUUUCCUGUGCUCCAACAAUGUGUGUUCGGAGUGUGAGGAACACACAUGUAUUACUGGGGAGAAACUGAAGAGGACAGCCAGGGCCUUGGGUGACGGGUUGAUAAAGUAUUCAUAUCAGUGUGAGCGUUUAUGCCCUCAUUACACAUAUUUUGAUGAGAAAGAGGAAAUCUGCAAGAUGCACACAGAUGGUAUAGACUCUAUGAAGUUGAUCUUUGGCAUCGGCUUUGUUUUGAGUUCUCUCAUCCUCCUUGUGUUUCUAUCUUGUGUCUGCACAAAGAUGCUAAGAAAGCACACAACAUAUAACACUCCCACUGAAAUAUUAGCAGUGUCCACCAAUGCUAGUGACUUUCACCUGUCAAAAGAGGAGAGUGGGUACAACCUCAUCAUGCAGGAUGAAUCCAAAAACAGCACCAGUUUUGCCCUCCUGCAGCUGGAAAAAGUCUCCACUUAAUGAUAAAAAGCAUUUAAUGACAUAAACAAUCUGUUCACUUUUCUAAUAUUGAUAUAAUGAAGCACCUUGCUUGGUAAUGGCACACAUUUAAAUAUAGUUAAACCUGUUAAGGUUAGAGAUGCACACUUCUUUAAAGCUAUAUAUCUAUCUAAAGAUCCCGGAUUGGAUCUCCAGCAGGAAAGUGAAAGAUCAGCAUUAGUUUGAUGAACAGAUGAAAUGUAUAAUGAGAAAAGUUUAAAACCUUAGUCAAAGUAUGUCCUUUUUAAUAUGUGAAUUUGUUAACGUGUUUUUUUCUUUUCUAAAAAAUAAUCUGUAAAGUGUUGUAAAAUGUGCUAUGUGAAUAAAUGUAAUUAUAGUUAGUUAUUUUAGAAGUACUAUGUUCAUGAGUCCUGUAGGAUAUUUUUGUUAAAAUAAAAUAAGAGGCCUUGGAGUUCAUGAGAUGACCUCAGCUUCUCUGGGUUAGGAGAGGCCAUCUGGUCUUUCAAUGUGAUAAGCUAUAAUAAAGGGAGUGCAUUUUGGCACCAGGUGAAGCAGACCCAACAAUGUAGCCAUGUGUGCAAUAAGUUUAGCAAGAAAUGGGGAAUAAGAUUCAAUGCAUGGGAUGACCUCGCUCUAACAACCUCUGUGCCUGGAGAAAGAUAAAACCCAGCACUUGUCUCAGUAAUGUGAACAGUCAUAAAGCGAUUUGUAGCAUAUGUAUAUGUGAUAAACAAAACUAAAGUU